AUGGACAUGCCAGCGUACAUGACGUGCGAUCCAGGGUUCAUGCUCUGCAGUGAGGAAGUUAAAUCCAAUCUUAUUUUCUCUGCUCCUUCAGAUUCUCUCUUCUUUCCCACUACAGUGAUUAAGGUUGCUACUAAUAAUGUGUCUCUCUCAAUCUCAUCUCAUUCUCAUGUACACACCAUCUCUUCUUUAUUUCUUCCUCUGAAUUUUAUUUCUGCAUCAUCGCACUUUACAUUUUCCGUUUCUUCUAUCUCAGCUAAAUCACCAAACCUCUCAUCAAUCUCAGAAAUGCCAAGUGAACCCCCAACACCAACAUUGGCCUCUGCCUCAGCUACGCACCACCUUCUUACAUAA